AACAAACAAGAUAUGUCGUUCUCGCAAUUUAUGGAGCUUAAAUCACAACGUUCUGGACUGACGCUGCGAGGCGCAACGCAGUGUUGGUCCCCUCGAAUCUCACACAGCAAUAUUAAAAUCUUUCUCGUUAUCGCGGUGUUUAGAGCUUGUAAUUCAUUGGCUUUGUAGGUUUGGCAGGAGAGGAGAGGAGAGAAGUAAAUAACAGGGCAGCGUUGAGUCCGACCUGCAGGUAGUAAGCAGGCGUAGAUACGGGGAUAUUUAACUCACACCGCGACGUAGAAAAUCUAGAGGGACAGAGACUGUGACCGUAAGGACAGCAAAACCAUUGAGAUUGGAUGCAAAGUUCCUUCAAUGUUAUUUUUAAUAGGACGAGGGGUUGAGCACCAUGUCCUGCUCCGGUAACCUGAUUUGGGAUGUAAGGAAGCGCUCCAUUGGGUUUAACGAACCAAAUGCUGUCAGGAUUAACUACCUAGGAAGAAGAGAAUUUGUCCAAAGACUCAAACUUGAAGCUACACUCAACGUACACGAUGGCUGUGUUAACACAAUAUGCUGGAACGACACGGGUGAAUACAUCCUCUCAGGAUCCGAUGACACCAGUCUGGUCAUCUCAAACCCAUACAACAGAAAGGUCAAAGCAGCCAUCCGAUCGGGCCACCGGGCGAACAUCUUCAGUGCCAAGUUCAUGCCGUGCACCAACGAUCAGCAGAUAGUGUCGUGCUCAGGGGACGGGAUCAUCUACUACACCAACACCGAGAAGAGCGCCGACGUCAACCGGCAGUGCCAGUUCACCUGUCACUACGGCACCGCCUACGAGAUUAUGACCGUACCAAAUGACCCCUACACCUUCCUGUCCUGCGGGGAGGACGGCACAGUCCGAUGGUUCGACGUCCGAAUGAAAACCAGCUGCACAAAAGAGGACUGUAAAGAUGACAUCCUCAUCAACUGUCGGCGGGCAGCUACCUCAAUAUCCGUCUGCCCCCUGAUGCCCUAUUACCUGGCAGUGGGCUGCUCCGACAGCUCGGUCAGGAUCUACGACAGGAGAAUGCUGGGCACCAGAGCAACAGGGUACUACACGGGCAGCGGGACGACGGGGAUGUGCGUGCGGUUCGUCCCGGCGCACCUGGCCAGCAAGUCGUGCCGCGUGACCUCGCUGUGCUACAGCGGCGACGGCCGGGAGGUCCUGGUCAGCUACUCCUCCGACUACAUCUACCUGUUCGACCCCAAAGACGACCAGGCCCGCGAGCUGAAGGGCCCGUCCGAGGAGAGGAGGGAGGAGCUCCGGCAGCCCCCGGUGAAGCGUCUGAGGCUAAGGGGGGACUGGUCCGACACGGGACCCCGCGCACGGCCCGAGAGCGAGAGGGAGCGCGACGGGGAGCAGAGCCCGAACGUGUCUCUGAUGCAGCGCAUGUCCGACAUGCUGUCCCGCUGGUUCGAGGAGGCCAGCGAGGCCCAGAGCAGCAGAGGGCGCCCGCAGCCACGCCCCCGGGUUCGACCAGAGGGGGGCGCCUCCGCUCCAGAGCCCACCCCGCAAGACACUGUGCCGGCCACUGAGGGUCCAAUGGAAGUGGAAACUACUGCCGAGCCCCUCCCUAAAUCGACUUCCACCUCCUCCUCCUCUUCUGGCUCCUCCUCCACGGUCACGGCCCCGCCCCCGUCCACGUCCUCGUCCAUGGAGAGCCCCCCCUCCUCCUCCCUCCUCUCCUCCCCCGACGCAGAGCAGAAGAGCCAGGCUGCCGCUGCCGCUGCCGCCACCGCUGCCUCCACCACGCCCACGCCCACGCCCACCCCCACCCCCCCGACGGAGCCCGCACAGUCCGAGCCUGGGCGUCGGGGGGUGCCGGUAAGUGUAGUGUGCAGGCGUCUGCAGAGGCUGCUGCUGCUGGCCGGGCCCCCCGGACGGGACGAGCGAACGCGCCCCCGCCCCGCCCGCCUGAACCCCUCCCCUGGGGAUGCCCCCCAGGAAACCCCUCCCUCAGAUUCGCCCUCGUCGGUGGUAAACAAACAGCUGGGAUCCAUGUCUCUGGAUGAGCAGCAGGGAAGCUCAGAGGCUGGGGGCGGGACCGGGUCCGGUUCUGGGACGGGGAGCAGUACUGGGACGGGGAGCAGUAUUGGGACGGGGAGCAGUAUUGGGAUGGCGAGCAGUACUGGGAUGGCGAGCGGGAGGCCCGGGGGAACAGAACCGGUCCUAAGUCUACACUACAGCACAGAGGGAACCACUACCAGCACCAUCAAACUGGACUUCACAGAUGAAUGGAGCAGCAGCGCCCCAUCCAGCUCCAGGGGCGGCGGCGGCAGCAGCCACAAGCCAGGCGGGACGCAGGACAGCCAGCUCAAACCGGGCAGGACAGAGGGCAGCCCAGGCCAGCGGAGCACAGAAGAGCCGUUGCCCGAGAGCUCGGAGCAGGGUGAGAGAACGCGCGGAGGCCCCAGCUGGGUUACUGUUCACAGCGAGAGGGCGGCAGCCACCGCCUCGUCAGAACCAGCAGGGCAGGGGAGUGGGUCCGGUCCAGAAACGGACCAGCCGAAGGGGGAGAAAACCUGCAGCGUCGCGGACAAGACCUCCGGCCCUGAGAAUAACUCGUCGGCCAAGACCCCCGCGGAGGUCUCCGCCCCCAUGGAGCAGAGCUCCGCCCCCCAGUCCACAGGAGAGGAGCCCCAGGGGGCCGAGCCGGCCAAUCCCGCCGAGUCCUGCCGACGGAGCGAGCCAACGGGAGAGGGGGGGCGGGCACAGGGUUCCCGCGGCAACCAGGACUCGGACGACAGCGACGACGAUCCCAUCCUCCUGCCUGCCACAAGGUACCGCGGGGGACAGGGACAGAGAUUUAAUUUCAGAGGAUCAGCAGUAGGCGAGAGAAUGAUCAGGCGUUCUGCUGCCGCUCGUAUUCAGGAGCUUUUCCGUCGGAGGAAGGAACGGCGGGAGAUGGAGGAGAGCGAGACCCAGAAUAUUCGGCGGCCCUCCGUCAAAAUGGUCUACAAGGGCCACCGCAACUCCAGAACAAUGAUUAAGGAGUCCUGUUUUUGGGGAAGUAACUUUGUCAUGAGUGGCUCGGACUGCGGCCACAUCUUCAUCUGGGAUCGGCACACGGCUGAACACCUGAUGCUUCUGGAGGCCGAUAACCAUGUGGUCAACUGCCUACAACCCCAUCCUUAUGACCCCAUUCUUGCCUCGUCUGGAAUAGACUACGAUAUCAAGAUCUGGUCUCCACUGGAAGAAUCACCAUCCUUUAACACAGUGCUGGCUGACGAGGUGAUCACACGCAACGAGCUGAUGCUGGAGGAGACGAGGAACACAAUCACAGUACCUGCGUCCUUCAUGCUGCGAAUGCUGGCCUCCCUCAAUCACAUCAGAACAGACCGACUGGAAGGCGAUCGAUCGGAAGGGUCUGGACAGGAGAACGAGGAUGAGCAGUAGCCGCUUUGUCUUCUUUUGCUACGAAGCACUUGAACAGCUGAGAUUUGUACACGUAAAAUGUAGAAUAUUUUCCAUAUCUGAGCAGUAGUGCAUUUUUUAGCUUCCUUUUUUUUUAUUAAAAAAAUGAAAUUACCUUUCUUACCAUUUCCUUGAGAGUGCAUCUGGGAAGAAAAGAAGAAAAAGGAAAUAAUUUAAAGGUGUAAAUAAAAAAUAAAAAAAUUGGAUGGCUGGUGCUUGAGGAUUUAAAGUGCAAUAUUCUUUUUUCAGAAGCAAAUGUUUGAGGUUGGGUCAGUGUUAAGGUGUGAGUUUUAAUAUAGCUAAAGAGUAAAGAACUCAAAUGUUUGUAUACUUGCGGUUAUGCAUGUUAAUGUACGAAAUUAUGAAAAUGAUGCUUUAAGUAAACAAUUUUGUUGUUUAAACUGCUUUAACAUUCUUUUGUCUGUAAAAGGCCUUGCGUUUUUGCUCAUUUUACCACACCGUUUCCAUUUAAAAUAUCUGAUGUUUGCUCAAACUCCCCACAUACAGUAAAUGAUAGCUUGCUUCUACCUUGCUGCAAGACAUGUUUACAGUUAAUGCACUAUUACCAUGUCUAUUGUUUGUCAGUUGGCCGGGAAAAUGUUGUUGUUGUUUUGUUUGAGAAUGUCAUAUGGUGAGGUCCUCGAUAACACUGAAGAUUAAUGGUGGACUCUUUAAGUGUGUUCACUGGCUGAGAUUAAAUGGUUUGGGAAUCUCUCAUUUAAAACAGUUUAACCCUG